AUGCCUGCCAAGCUUGACAUGAGCAACGCUACCAACAACACACGGGCCCUGACACCGGGGUCCACAUCAGCGAUUCUGACGGAAGGAAGCGCUGUGCAAUCGCCGAAUACCUUUACAAUCGCCUCGCCCUUUUCCCCCGCGGUAACGAAUGCGGUCAAGCCGACCCCAGCGCGGAAAAAGCUCAGCUUGAGCGACUACACCAAGAGCAGGGCCAAACUAGCGCAAACACACUCUACAGGCUCUGCUUCCACCCCUCCACUCACCUCGCACCCCACCAGCUCCCCGACGCUCUCGGUUGCGAGCCUUGCGGGUAGCACACAUUCGCCGCCGCCCAAGGCGGCAGACCGCGCCUUGACACCCGUAGCGGAGGAUGCAAAGCCCAUGGAGGCGAGCGCGUCGACGGCCACGACUGUGGUGUCUACUUCCACUUAG